AUGAGCGAGGCAUUUGAGCAAAUGAAGAUGAUUAAAGAUGUUAUGGCUAACAGUGAUAAGGUCUCAGAGCUUCUGGAGGUGUCUACUCAACAAAUCAACCUGCCUACCUCACCUACUUUCUUACCAAAGGUGAAGGAUCAAGGGAAGUUCACUCUCCCUUGCACACUUGGCCAUAUUGAGCUUGACAAUGCCUUGGUGGAUUCUGGUGCAAGCAUCAACCUGAUCUCCCUCACAAUGGCAGAAAAGCUAGGCAUUGCUGGAGCAUUGCAGCGCACUACUACCUCAAUCAUGUUUGGAGAUGCAACUUCCAAGUCUCCUCUUGGCGUGUUCAAGAACUAUCACUUGAAAAUAGGAGAAUGCAUCAUCCAAACUGACAUCACUGUCAUGGAGAUGGAAGAAGAGAAGGAUCUACCUCUGCUAUUGGGAACCCCAUUCCUUAGCACAGUUGGCGCUUCAAUAGACUUUCACAAACAAGAAGUGAUUCUUCACAAGGUGAAUAGUUUGGUGUCUUGUCGCUUGCAGCCUAGAGGAUCAGACUUUUGUGCCACUAUUGAAAGCACUCCUCUCAGUUCCAAGCCUCCUGAAGCUGCCAAGGUUGUGAAAGAAAAGGUUGACAAGGAGCCAAAAGUUGUGAGAGAUAAGGUUGAGAAAGAUAAGGUGGACAAGGAUCAAAGAGUUGAUAAAGGACCAAGGAUUGAGAAACCACGCCUUGAGAGGCCACGAGUUGAGAGACCACGAUCUGAUAAGCCACGAGCUGAUAGACUUGUUCAAGCACCAUGUGUCCUUAAUGAGGAAAGCCUGCAAGCUUUGUUUGAUGAGCCACUAGGAAGCGCUCAAAAAGAAGGGGAGGAUGCAGCCUCAAAGGAACUUGUGGGAGAGAAAAGAAAGGACCCACUAGCUCAGGUUGCCGCAACCAAGCCAUCUCAGCUCACAAUGACCUAG